CCCUGGGCGCCUCAUGAAUAUUGAACAAGUGGCCCAGUAUGGGUGGAGACAGUGUGGAUAUAAAUGACUUUAGUAUCGAGUCAUAGAAAGUUCUUCAUACAGACUACAAGAUAUGAUUAAAAAGAUAAGCCUCUCUGCAACAACAGCAACAAAAACAACAACAAUGCAAAAACAGCUUUUGGCAAACUCUUGCAUAGCAGAUGAUGAACCACUGGAAAUGGAAGGCAUGCAAGAGUUUUUACGAUUCUCCAAGGAGAUGCUUAGCCAGAAACCCAGUCGGCAUCUGCUCAAGGUCUACUUGAUAGGCUCUGUUUUUGCAAUACUAGGCACGGUCAUCGGACUGGUUGAGAAGGUGUCUCACCCAUUCUCUUCAGGAGAACCAAUGGACGCAGAGUUGUUCACAAUGUCUGAGGAGAUGAGAACUAUUGCAUCCAUGACGCAAAGCGAUGCGCAGGUGCAGGCCACAGAACAGGAGAAAGAUCAGAACAAGAUCCAGAGCAUGACAUUCGCCAAAGUCCAAGGUCAAAGAAAUUUGUCUCGGCGCCUUCAUGCUUCGAGAAGCUGACAUUUUAUUUGAUCAGGGACUGCUAUUAAAACACUUGCACAGCAUGAACAACUGCUUGGACGUAUGGAAAAAAAGGACUGAAGGAGCUUCAUGUUCCCUUUUCUUUAAUUUUUAGCUAAUUUGGCGGUGAGUGUUCAUUUAUGUAGUUUUGAAACCAGUUAAUGGUAGUUAACUGUAGUGCAAUUGUUAUCUAUGCGGCCAUUUAGCGCCCUCUAGUAGUAAUACUAAAAAUGUCUGUUUGACCUAUGUCCCCAAAAAAGGCUGAACUCUACAAAUCUACAAAUACAUUCAAUGUUUUUGUAUACACAUGAAUAAAUUAUUUUUAUAUUUGAAAAUGUA